CCAGAAUUUUUGGACGUCAUACAGCAAUGCAUAGACAAAGAUUUUUUGUUUUCAAUGAUCAAAGAAAUGAACGAUAACUAUCCCGUCUGGCUGGAGCAAAACAAAUCAGAGCUGUCUGAAGAUGAUUAUACGAGAUACACUCGUCAAUAUGAAAUCGUACAGCAAAUUUUGAAGCAAUACGAAAAAGAGAACAACUGGGAAGUUCUAGUUGAAUUGAUAGACAAAAUGUGCGAGUAUGGGACACCUCCACAAGGACUGAUCAAGGCCGGUUUUGAAGGCAUGGCCGAUCUUGCGUCGUUAUUCGAAAAGCAAUAGAAUGUUUUUUCGGCUCGGACCGCCUGGUUCUCACCGAGAGGCUUGGAUGCGAGGCGGGGACUGAUAGACGUGGGGUUUUUUUGUACCAGGUUUUAAGAGCAUGAGAACGAAUCUAAUAGAUUUUGUGUAUUAGUUGAGUGCCAAAAAAUUUAUUUUGCGCCGCGCGCUGAGCGACAGUUUUUUUGUGUUUCUUUGCCGUCAUGGAGCAGGUCCCGGAAUACCGUGACUUUCCUGGGAGCGAGUCGAAGGUGUUAGAUUUUUGGAACAGAAUAGACGCAUUUCAAAAAUCGAUGAAGAUGUCAGAGGGCAGACCCGCUUAUUCGUUUUACGACGGGCCUCCUUUCGCGACUGGAUUACCUCAUUAUGGGCACAUUUUGGCUGGGACGAUUAAGGACAUCGUGACUCGAUACGCCCACCUGCGUGGAUUUCACGUAGAGAGGAGGUUCGGUUGGGACUGUCACGGUCUUCCGAUCGAGUUCGAAAUCAACAAGGAGCUGGGCAUCAAGACGAAGAAGCAGGUGCUCGAGUAUGGGAUUGGCAAUUACAACAAGGCGUGCCGAAAUAUUGUGAUGCGGUAUGCUGGUGAGUGGGAGAAAAUAGUGAAGCGUUUGGGGCGUUGGAUCGACUUCGAGAACGAUUACAAGACGAUGGACUUGUCUUAUAUGGAGACGAUUUGGUGGGUGUUUGGAGAGCUUUGGAAGAAGGGUUUGAUUUAUCAAGGGUACAAGGUGAUGCCGUAUUCGGUGGGAUGCACGACGCCGUUGUCCAAUUUUGAAGCAGGUCUAUCAUACAAAAAUGUGGAAGAUCCGUCGAUUAUUAUAAGUUUCGCGGUCAGGGACGAUCCCGAGGUGCGUCUUUUGGCUUGGACUACGACUCCAUGGACGUUGCCUUCCAACCUCGGGUUGUGCGUGCAUCCGGAAUUUACCUAUUGGAAGAUAAGGAUGAAGGCCACGGGAGAGCAAUACAUCAUUUGCGAUAGUUGUGUGUGCAAUUUGACCAAAAAUGCGGAGGAGUACGAAGUAGUUAAGUCGUGGGUUGGGAGGGAGUUGGUAGGAACACGGUACGAGCCGAUGUUUGACUAUUUCGUGUCCGAGUUCCCGAACGCGUUUCGCGUGGUUUGCGACCCGUAUGUCACAAACCAAGUGGGAACUGGAAUUGUCCACAUGGCGCCAGCAUUUGGCGAAGACGAUUGCAGAGUUUGUGUACGAGAAAAAAUAUGUGAAGUGAAUCGGUAUCCGUGUCCGUUGGACGACGAUGCGUGCUUUACGUCGAAGGUGUCCGAUUUCGAGUCCAUGUACAUCAAAGACGCGGACAAGCUGAUUAUGGAAACGCUGAAGAAGCGCAGGAUAUUGGUGAAAAGGGGGACAGUAAGACAUCAAUACCCGUUUUGCUGGAGGAGCGAUACGCCGAUUAUAUACCGCCCCGUGCCUUCGUGGUUUGUGAAGGUGACGGCUAUAAAGGAGAGGUUAUUACAGAAUAACGCGAAGACGUAUUGGAUGCCUGAGUUUGUGAAGGAGAAGCGGUUUCACAACUGGCUGGCAGACGCGCGCGACUGGGCGAUAUCGCGAAACAGGUUUUGGGGGACGCCGAUCCCGCUGUGGGUGUCUGACGAUAACGAGGAGGUGGUACAGGUGAGCAGCCUCGAGGAGCUGGAAAGGCUGUCUGGGAAGCGCUUGACAGACAUUCACAGGGAGUACGUAGACGAAGUUUUGAUUCCCUCUAAGAUGGGGAAGGGGAUGCUGCGCCGCAUUCCGGAGGUGUUCGACUGUUGGUUUGAGAGCGGGUCGAUGCCGUAUGCGCAGCAGCAUUAUCCGUUUGAAAAUCAGGAAAAGUUUUUGUCGAGUUUUCCGGCGAACUUCGUGGCAGAAGGGGUUGACCAGACGCGGGGCUGGUUCUACACGUUGAUGGUGAUAAGUACGGGGUUGUUUGACAAGCCGGCGUUCCAGAACUUGAUUGUGAACGGUCUGGUGCUCGCGUCAGACGGAAAGAAGAUGAGCAAGCGCUUGAAGAACUACCCGGACGCCUCGCUGAUUGUCAACAGGUACGGGGCGGAUGCACUGCGUUUGUACUUGAUCAACUCGCCGGUGGUUCGCGCGGACCAGCUGAGGUUUCGAGAAGAGGGGGUCGCGUCCGUGAUUCGAGACGUGUUUUUGCGUUGGUACAACAGUUACCGUUUUUUGGUACAAAGUGCGUUCAAUUAUGAGCACCGCGGUCGGAAGUUUGUAUACGACAGGGCGGUAGGGAAAAAGACGAGAAAUGUGAUGGACCGGUGGGCGUUGUCGUCUAUGAACACACUGAUUAAGUUUAUUCACGAGGAGAUGAAGAGAUACCGCUUGUACACGGUGGUUCCUCGUUUGGUGAAGUUCAUAGAGUCGCUGGCCAACGACUAUGUGAGGUUCAACCGCGGGCGUUUGCGUGGGAAUGAAGGGGAGGAAGAGUGCGAAUGCGCCCUGUCGACGCUGGCGAGCAUUUUGUUGACCUUGUGCAGCGUGAUGGCGCCGUUCACGCCGUUUUUUGUGGAGGAUGUGUACCAGAAUUUGUCUCGGCUGUUGCCUGAGUCUGAGGAGUCGGUGCACUUCACAAGUUACCCAGAGGUAGACGAGUCCCUGUUCGACGCGGAGAUCGAGCGCAAGGUCUCUAGAAUGCUCUGCGUAGUUGAGUUGGCGAGAAGGGCCAGGGACCGAGCGGUCCUGCCCCUUCGCCAGCCACUGAGAAAGCUAGUCGUUCUUCACGCCGAUGACGCCUAUUUACAAGACGUUGGGUCGUUGAAGAGCUACGUGUUAUCGGAGGCGUCUGUUCGCGAGCUCGAGUUGCGCAAUGACUCGACUGUUGACGUUAGGUGGAGCCUGCAACUGGUCAACGACCGCGUGGGGUCGCGUUUGCGCGGCGACAAGAGUCGAGUUCAGGCCGAGCUCUCGGCGUACGACAACGAGAAGAUAUUGGCGUUCCAAGAGCAAAAAAAGGUCUGCAUUUUGGGUCACGAUAUUUUUUUGGACGACGUGACGAUUUCUCGCAGUCUCGUGGACGAUGGUCAGAAGCGGUACUUCUGUUACGGCGACGACGGAGUCGCUAUUAUUCUCGAUCCUACUAUUGACGAGGAGGCCGUUCACGGUCGCAUUGUGCGGGAGUUCACCAACCGCAUCCAGCGGCUUCGAAAACAUGCCAAACUUGUGCAUGCGGAUCACAUCAUUGCCUUUUAUUCUUGGUCUCGCUCGAAUCCUGAAACGCCGGACCUAGACCGCAUUCUGAAUGAGCAUCGUGAUGUGAUUGAGUCCACCACCCACACCAUGGUCGUCUCCGAAAAAUUCAGACGCGGCCAUUACGUCGUAAUUGACAAAGCGACGACUGAUCUCACCGAAGAGAUCGAAGUGGCAAUAGUUCUGUGUCGGCCUGACCUGUACGUUGACGUGGACCGCAUCGUCGCCUCCGGCCUGGCUGACAGAGCUACCGCCGAGAGGCUGGAGCUCUUCGUGGCCUCCGUUGGCGGAGAAGCCACUCGGCGCCAAUUGGUCGAUAGCAAGGUCCUCGCUCUGAAUUUAGACGGACGGUCGGUCGAUCUGGUCUACCAAGACCACGUGUACGAAAACGCUCGCGAACGCGCCAAUGAGGAGGGCUUUCCCUAUCUCGCGCCUCGGGCACGAGCGUCUGGGUCGACGACUUAGCAAAAAUACGUUAUUGAGCAUAUCAAGAAUUCUUUUUAAAAAAGAAAAGCUUGCUUUAUUUUCAUUUCUCGCCGCACUGCUCUGCGCUUACGAACAAAAAACUCGGCUCGCGCCAUUUUGCGUACGAUGGGCGUUUUCAGUUACAUCGAUAGUUUGACCGAGUUAUCCGGACAUGUCUUUGUGGAAGCAGCGUUGAUUGGGUUCAUCUUUUACCUUCUGUUCAAGCACAGCUACAAAGUAUCUUCUUCUAAGAGAAGCGCCCUUUCGAAAGAAGAGAUCGAGGAGCUGAUUUCGAGCUGGGAACCUGCGCCUCUGGUGGACCUCAAGGUCCUGAACGAAAUCAGGUACAUUCACUCCGGUAGAACGAGUACGGAAUGUAUACCCACGAUCUGUUCUGCAGCGAAUACGCGCGUGUCUGUGGACGAAGGCGGCGUCAAAACCGAACACCUGAACUUCGUCUCGACCGGGUUUCUGAACUACCAAGACCACCCUGACAUCAUCGAAGCCGCCCUGGACGUGCUGGCCAGUUACGGAGUCGGCUCGUGCGGGCCUCGCGGGUUCUACGGUACAACAGCUGUUCAUCUAGAACUCGAGUCUCGAAUCGCGAAGUUCAUGGGAACGGAAGAUGCUGCUGUGUACAGCUCUGGACUGACCACGAUCACCUCUCUGAUACCCACGUUCGCUAAACUUGACGACUACUUGUUUGUCGACAAUGCCGCCAAUUUUUUCAUACAAAAUGCUAUAAAUUGUUCUCGCUCGUCUAAUGUGUACCGGUUUAACCACAACGACCCUGACGACCUGCGGCGACUUCUGUCAUCCAUGCCGCAGAUCCUCGACGGCCCCAAACGCGUCUUCGUGAUUCUGGAGGGGCUCUAUUCGAACACUGGCAACAUUUGUUGCCUGCCAGAAAUUCUCAAAAUAAAGAAGAUGUACCCUUUCAGAAUCAUUUUGGAAGAGAGUUACAGUUUGGGCGUGUUAGGGGAGCACGGUCGGGGCGUCACGGAGCACUAUGGUCUACCUGCCACAUGCGUUGAAUUCAUAUCGGCAUCUAUGGGUAACGCUCUUGGAUGUUUGGGUGGUUUUUCAGUGGGCACAAAGCAAGUCACCUCUUAUCAGCGUCUCAACUCGAGUGGGUAUGUCUUCAGUUGUUCUGUGCCACCUUACAUUUUUGGCGCAGCUUUGAGAGCCUUCGACCUUUUGGAAAGCGGUAAAGAGCUUGCUCUACUCGAGCGGAACGCGUGUGCCUUACACGACGCCUUGCUCAAGCACCUUCGCAGCCUUGAAUUCCUGCACAGCGUUCGGUCGCCUAUUGCGCACUUGAAGCUCAAGUACUGCCACACUAGGUCAAGGCUUGAAGACGAAAUGCUACUGCAAAGAAUUGUCGAUUCGGCAAAAGCAGAAAAAAUUCUUGUCAGUCGAUCGCUUCACGUCAGGCGCGAGUGGUCUCCUCCUUCCUCCAUUUUCGUCAGCGUUACGUCGAAGCACAAGGAAGAGGAGAUCGACCGGUCUAUACAGACGAUCGAGAGGCUGGCCGAACGCGCUCUGUUGCAUGUGUUCUGAGAUCUUCGCGUAGAAAAAUAUUGACAUUUGGGCACGUCAAGCGCCAUGAAAAAAAGGCGAAAAAAAAAUCAAUGCGUUGUCGCAAGCGUCCAAGUUUUACAUUACAUCCGCACCGAGGAAUUUCGAAUAUGCGCACGUCCUUCAUCAAUUGCUCAAUACGAGGUUUGUUUUCCGCGAACUGCGGUUCGGCAGAGAAGAAGGUAGGAGGUGUACGAGGAAAUUUUCGUAUUUUAGGUCAUUUUUGUUUCAGGUGAGGCUAAUGGGUCUGUGAUUGGCAGCUGGCCGCCUCUUGCGUUCGACCGGCCGGCCGGCGACGGCCAACUAUGGCGUCGAUGCGUGGAACGCUCGUUCUCACCGGAGGGCGACCCACGACAUCUUUUGCGCGCGUGUACAGCGACAAAUACGGUAAUAAAUCUUAUGCGUAUCACAAAACGCCAUCUCCGGCUUCCCAGAUAAAGAACCUCAAUUCACUUGGCCAAUACGAGGCAGCGAAGUCCGUUUGGAAGAAGCUCAAGGAAGAUGGCGCAGACGCCGACGCGUAUACGUUCGCCUCCAUUUUGGCGACCUAUCGCCAACUAAACGAUUUGGGAGCUGAGGUUCUUGAAAUAAUCGACGAAAUUUCGAAAAAGAACAUUGUGAACUCGUACGUGACCAACCAGAUUAUUGAUAUUUACAGUCGACGCGGCGAGUUGGAUGAUGCGUUGGCGAGCUACGACGUGCUGGUUAAUUCCAACUCCGUCGUCAUGGCCUAUUCGUUUUUCUCUCUAUUCGAAGCAUUAGUUUCCGCUAAAAGGUUCGGGGAGGCGCGUCAACUUGUCGAUAGAAGUCGUCACUUGUUCGAGGCACUCGAUCAAAAAUUUUACUUUCGACUUUGUUCGGUUGCUAGUCAGUCCGACCUGUGUCAGGAAUCGUUCUGCUUCGUCAUGGACUGCAUUUUGCAGUUCAAAAAUCGCGUCGUCUCCGAUUCUGUCGCGGCGAACGGUAUUUUGAACAACUUCCUCAGAUUUUCGCCUCAUGCUCACGGCCCCCUGGACCAGCAGUAUCACACCUUCAUCGACGCUCUGAAGUCCCAAGGGACUUUCGGAUACAGCAUUCUGCUGUCGCAUUACUCGAUACGGAACGACCUGAAAACUAUGCUGUCGCUCUGGGAAGAAAUGAAUCAAAAAAAUGUCACGCGUACACAUAACAUGUAUGGGUAUUUGAUUUCUACCUGCGCUUCGUGUUGCGAAGUCGCACCCCUGGAAAACGCUCUGUCCGAGAUGGAGAACGAGUCGAUUUCGCUUACGCCAAUGAUCCUUGCUACGCUCGUGCGGUUCUACGCCUCUCACGUCAACCCAGAAAAGACUGCAGAAUAUUUUGAACUUUUACUUGCCAAAGGUUUUGUGAUGCCAUUCCUUUUCAACGUCCUCAUCGAACUCUAUACCGAUUUGCUCAUGAAGGACCGCAUCGAACACGUGAUAUCUGUCAUGAAGGAGCGGCAUGUUCACUUCAACACGGCCAUCUACAACUCGCUUAUGAACUACCAUAUUCUGGUCGGCUCACCUCAGGAAUCCAUUUCUCUCUUCGAAGAAAUGAAGCAGUCCGUGUCCAAGCCCAAUUUCAAAUCCUACAAGCUUCUGGCUCUCGCCUAUUCCGCGCAAAACGAUCGCGAACAGGUUUCUCAGACUUUAUUGAAAAUUCGAGAAAAAUUUCAUGAAAAAUCUGCUCUUUUGGCCCUUUGUCAGCAGUUGGGAACGGAGCCCCCAGAGCAGUCUGUUGAUCGUGAAGAGUCGCCGUGAAUGAUAGGUUUCGCUUCGCUAGCGUACAUUGGUUUUGCCGCGAGGGCGUGCGGGCGUUUUACAGCGCUUUUGGCUGUGGUUCGCAGAGAGGUACAGACACUUGGUUUCUCGUAGCUUUUAGUGCCACACAGAGGGGCGUCACCCGUUGCCCCCGGACUUGUGUGUCCUUUUCGAGAGGCGGAUCCGUUCCUAUACAGACAGAAGUUCGCUUUCGUUUUCUCGUGCGCGUCUUCCUACCGCACGCUUGCUUUUGGAGUCUCUUUUUCCAUGCGCGGCUGCGUCCGAAUCGAGCGGAGUCCACCCUUUUGAGGCGGUAUCUGGGAGUGAGUACGUGCGCCAAAUAUGCUGGAUUUUCCCUCCUUCGAAGGUCUUAAAAAAAAUUAUAAGACUUCAAUUUUUUUUUUGCGUUACUAUUUUUUAAGAUUCCGUCGACGUCGUUUGCUUGAAUUCAUGGAUGACGAAUGGCAAGUCGUGGCACCGAAACCCAGAAAGAAGCCUGCGCAGCGAAGUGAGCAGACGUCAGAUUAUGCUUCUCAGCCUAGCAGAGCGUCUACGACCGAAAAGAAGACGCCGGAUAUACCGUUGGUCAAGAAACUCGUUGCAGGAAGCAACAAACAACACCAAGUUCAGACAAGUGCGAGUAUCAUUGAGAGAAAGGCAGACAGCGAGGAUGCAUCUCUGCACACCAAGCAAGUUGAACAUGAUCUCGCAAAGCGCAUCAUGCAAGCUAGAAACAGCAAAGGAUGGACCCAGAGGGACUUGGCUAUAAAAAUAUCAGAGAAACCGGAAGUUGUUCGCGACUAUGAGGCAGCCAAGGCCAUCCCGAAUGAUCAGAUCAUUGUGAAGAUGGAGAGAGCGUUUAACAUCAGACUGAGAGGAAAG